AUGGCAGAAUUUGAUAAAAUAAAUUCAUUGUUGAAUCAAUUAAAUCUGAAUGAAGAAGAAGAUAACUUUAUUGAAAAUUUAAAAUUAUUAAUAUCUGGUCUUCGAAAAUAUAAAAAUGUUAUAAUUGAUCAAAAUUUAUCACCUAAAGUUAUAAAGGAUGAAUGGUCUAAAGUGACGAAAACCAUGGAAAUAUUUGCUAAUUCUGCAAAGAAAGAAAAGUCACGAGAUCCACUUGGAAAUAUUGGAGCCAUUGAAUUAAUUAUUGAGUUUAUAAAUUUAAAUAAUCAAAAUGAUACUCAAUCUUAUUCCUCUGUGGUUGAUUUUCAAUGUUUUAGAGCACUUGCUAAUAUUUGUAUUUCAAAUGACAAUAAUAGAAAAAAGUUUUUAGAUUCUGGAGGAAUCAAUGCUUCUUUGAUUUGCAUCAGAAAAUGUAAAGAUUUAGAGACAAUUCGAGGAGCAUGUGCAACAUUAUUAAAUGCUGGAAUGAAUUAUGAUAUUGUUAAUACUGAAAUUGUAAAAUUAGAUGGUCUGGUUAUACUUGCUCAUUUACUUGAACCUAAAAGUAUUUUAGAAAGUCAUGUUGACAAUAUUGAUUUAGCACGAAUGACGAUAUAUUAUUCUACUCGUGUGAUGUUAAAUUUAGUGGGAACAGAGAAGGGAAAACAAAAAAUUGCAAACAAACAGGUUAUUUCUUCUUUGGUACAUCUUUUAUCUUACACCUCAUCAGAGAAUGCCAUAGAAGAUGAUGUUGAUAUAUUAGAAAAUGUUGUGGAAAUUUUGGAAAGUGUGGCAAUAGAUAAUGAUGAAAUUCAAUUAAUUUUGGUUCAAGAUGGAUUAUUUCCUAUAUUAUUGGACUUUUUGGAAUUGUCUAAACCACCAAAUAAUUGUGAAGAACACAUUACUAAAAGUUAUGGUGAAUGCAAGGCUGCUAUUUUGAAAGUGAUUGUAGCAAUAACAAAUAAAAAUAUGAGUCCUUUGUUUAAUGAUUCUGUUGUUUUUCAUCGUUUUCUUCAUUGGUUAAAUUUGGGACCACAGAGGGAUGAUCUUCAGAUGUGUGCUGCUUUGUCUUUAGGAAAUCUGGCAAGAACAGAACCACUUGUAAAUGUUUUAAAAACCAGUGAUAAUAUUAAAGUACAACAUGCUGUUGUUGGUGUUUUAAAGAAUUUAUCACUUCCAGUUCAAAAUAAGAAUAUCAUUGGAUCUCUUGGUAUUAUUGAAAUUGCAUCACCUUUAUUAGAAAAAGAUACUGUUCAACCUAUUCAAUUAGGAAUAAUUGGAAUAUUUAAACAUUUAUCCAACCAAAAUGGAGAAAAAUUAAAUAAUUCUGAAAAACCACUUGAUCUUUUAUUAAAAUUAAUUCAAAGAACUGAUGAAAUAGCUGUUAAAAGUGAAGGAACUCGUGUAUUGGUUAAUCUUGUUAAAAAUAUUUGGAAUACUUCCAUUAAUACUUUACGCUUAGAAUUAAACAGAAAAGAAAUAGUUCAAUCUAUUGUAAAUAUUAUAAUAGAAUCAAAAUAUUCAAUACUUCAAAAUGAAGGUAUAAUUGCUUUGACCUUAUUAAUUAUGGAUGAUUCAGCAAAAGUUGGUGGAGCUUUAUUUGACAUCUUACAAAACAAUCAACAAAAAUAUGCUGAUGAAUUGAAAUUUAACGUUUGUUUGUUACUUGAAAAUGCUAUAAAUUUAGCCAAUGAGAAUGAGUCUCAAGAAAAUAAUAAUAAUAAUCAAGAAACUGCAAAUAUUUCGGAAGAAUUAAGAAAUGCAAUAGAAAAAAUUACUAAUUUAUUUGUUAUCUAA